ACGACCGACAAAGAGCGUCGCCGUCGCCGCACACACUAUAUACACCUCCGAUUCGGAUUCGGAUCGAAAUUCGGACUGUUGUUAGGCACUCGCGUAGUGCAAAUUUUGCAGGAGUUUUGUGCGUGAUUUUGCGAAAAGUGUCGCCGGAGCUAGAUAGAAAAGUGCAUUGUCCGCAGGUGCAGGCAUGUUUUAGAUGCCAGUGAUUGCCAACGGAUGAUAAGCAAAUGCAUUGAUCUUUUAGAAGAUUAUCUGUGCCCGGGAUUUCCACAUACUUCACAAGUGACCCAGAAAAAAGCGACUGAGAACUGGGUCAGAGUGCCAAAACGAGCAGAAUCCAGUGAAGAAAGAACAGAGAACUAUUAGCUGCGAAAAACGGCAUGAACUUGAAGUUCAGUGUGUCUAUUUUUAAAAAAUAAUUGUUAAAACAAUCAAAGCUGAGAAUAAAGUUUAAAUCUUGAACCCGGUGGCCCCUGGAUGAGCCCAUCAUGAAAGGCAUCUGCGGUGAGCAGUUCAACAAUUGCCUUCUGGUGGGGGAUUGUGACGACAGUGAACAUGGAACACCAGGACUGACAGGAAAUUAUCCCGGAAUCGUUGCCCUGGACCAGGAGGAGGCCGGUGAGGGCAUUAACGGAGAGGGUGGUGCCCUGGCCUUUGCCGCACGCCGGAUUCGCAACCGGCAAGUGCACAGCAUGGCCGUGAGGUCCGCCAGUGGCUAUGAUACCCUGGAGCGUCCCUAUCGACAUGACCAAGCCCGGGGUCGAUGGUCUAAGGCGGCGGACUUUUACUUCGCCAGCUGUACACAUGCCUUUAAUCCCCUCAUGUUCUCCGAAUACCCCACCUUUGGAUUACUACAGGGUGGCUGGAUUUUGUUCAUAGCAGCCUAUCUGUUGGGAAUGAUAUUUUAUUCGUUGCCCUUGUUUCUGAUCCAAGCAUUUCUGGGGCAAUUCUCAUCUUCCGGAUCCAUUUCAGCAUUUCGCGUUGCGCCAAUAUUCAAAGGCAUCGGGUAUUCUAUUUUGUUCCUUAACCUGGGUACCCUAACUUAUUACAGUAUUGGAGCCGGGGUGCCCCUCAUCUUUGCCGUGAAUUCCCUCCAUACUGUGAUGCCCUGGAUGAGUUGCAACAAUACAUGGAAUACUCCAGAUUGUUCAACGCACGACAAUUACGAUAUUAACGAGGACUAUGUCGAUCCCCAUUCCACAGUUGAGUUUUUUAGAUCAGUUAUUGCCUCAACUGCAACAGGAUCUACCUCUAUGACGAUAUCGCUUUCAAUGCUCGUAGCUGUUCUGGCCAUUUGGGUAUUAGCUUUGGGUUUAAUACUCAAGUCUGUUACUUUUAUUGGAAAAUUUUUGCGUUGCGCUUGUGUCAUAAUGUUUAGCUUCUUUUUGGCCAUAUUCUUAUACCUUGUGAUUCACGAAGGAGUCAACUUCGACACGAUGCAUGAUAACCUGAAACCCUCACUGGAUAGCUUCCAGAGUCUUUUUGGCGUAACACGUACUGCCUUUCUGAUGUCGGGAGUGGCCCUGGGUCCCGGAUGGGGGAGCGUCAUCACCUUGGCGAGCUACAAUAGUUUCCGCAGCGAUGCCGAGAGGAUGAGCUUUUGGGUCUGCAUUACGCAUGCUGCGGUAGGUUUCCUGGCUCUGCUCUGUUGCAAUGUGGCCCACGAUCAUUUUGAGGAUCACGUCGGCAUGCUGCCUUAUCAAGUGAAUGAGAAUCAUUCCUUGCAAUUUCUAUAUCUCUGCUUUUCCUAUUUACUCGGUCGCUUUACAACGACACCGAAUCUAUGGGCUUUUCUUUUCUUUAGCAUGAUAUUUUUAUCAGAGUUUUGUGCCUUGUUAAUCCAAAUGAUGUCAAUAUUGACGGCACUUUUUGAUGAGUUCGAGUUCUUGAGAGCGAAGAAAACACAUAUUGUUUGUUUACUGGUCCUUGUACUUGCAGGGUCAUCAGUGUUUUUUUGCACACAGCUUGGAUUUAGUCAAUUUACGAUACUUCCAAACUUGGCCAUGUUCACCCAUAUUAUUAUUUCGGGAAUAUUGGCUCUAAUGGUUACCUGGGUUUAUGGACGAGUACGUUUUCAAUGCGAUCUGCAGUUUAUGCUGGGAAAAACGAUCUCAAGUGUCAAAAUAUUUUUUAUUCGAAUCGCUACACCAUUUUUUCUCAGUUUAUGUUUGAUACAAGUAUGUUUCUUUAUUGAUUUACAUGAAAUACAUCAUCUCCUGAUUUGGAUUAGUCAGGGAUUGGUCUUAACGAUGGCCCUUUCCUAUAUGGUUUAUAAGGUGACCCAAACAAACGGCAGUUGGCGCCAAAGAAUCCAACAGUGUUUAGCGCCACACGACUGGCAUCCGGUGGAUGCGGAUAAUCGACGUUUCUACGAGGAAAUCAUGGGCAUUUCCGAAAUGCUAGUGAUCGAUACCAAUGCCAAUACCACAUAGUGCCUAACAAAUUUCGAAUACUCUAAGAAUAAAAACAAAAAUCAUAAAAAAACUCAGCACUUAAUGGUAAAAGCUGAACUGAACUGAACUCACUUUUAUUAUACACUCAUACAGACACACACACACACAAAAACACGCACACUAGUAUAUGUAUAAAGAUCAAGUGCAAUUGGAGAUUGUUGAUUUUUGAAUAAAGUUGUACUGAUAUUUUCCAAA